CCAAACCAACGACUGACUCUCCCAUCCAAUUAAAGUCCUUCAAAUAAAUACAUGGUUUCUUAGAAGGAACUGCUCUGAAUCUUUCUUUGCUUUUCAGUUGACAUUUUAUCGGUUAGGUAAUUUUGAGUUGAUAUUUCGUUCACGAUGACACGUUCAAAAUUAAAAGGAGAGACGGCAAAACCACCAAAGGCGCAUUUGAGUUUUGUCUGCAUUAUCUCUUUCCUACAUUUACUUUUCUCUCUCUUUCUCACCGAACUCUUUGUUAAAAAUUCGAAAUUUAUUUGAACCCAGAAGCAAUUUGUGUAGAGAAUGGCGAAUCCGAAUUGGGAGCUUAAGAAUUGUUGUAAUCAUGACCAGGUCAUGUUUCUAGUGACAACUGGUGUCUUCACUGUUGCUAUUCUCGCUCUCUGGAGGACAUUUGUACUAGCACCUUUUAAGCUCAUUACUGUAUUUUUGCACGAAGCAAGUCAUGCAGUCGCAUGUAAACUCACUUGUGGAGAUGUGGAAGGGAUCAAGGUUCAUGCAAAUGAGGGUGGGGUGACACAAACACGUGGUGGCAUAUAUUGUUGUAUCCUGCCUGCAGGAUAUCUUGGUUCAUCAUUUUGGGGAAUGGCUUUGGUGCUUGCAUCAACAAAUUUAACCACUGCAAGAAUCGCCGCUGGUUGUCUUGCCCUCGCUUUGUUCAUUGUGCUCUUUGUUGCAAAAAAUUGGACACUUCGAGGACUUUGUAUUGGAUUCAUCAUUUUCCUUGCUGUAAUCUGGAUUUUGCAAGAAAAAACAAGUGUCAAGAUUCUCCGCUAUGUCCUCCUUUUCAUUGGAGUAAUGAACAGCUUGUUUUCAGUUUAUGAUAUUUAUGAUGAUCUAAUAUCUCGAAGAGUCCACUCCAGUGAUGCAGAGAAAUUUGCAGAAGUUUGCCCCUGCCCUUGUAAUGGUGUUGGUUGGGGAGUCAUUUGGGGAAUGAUAUCGUUUACUUUUCUUUGUUGUGCCAUGUAUCUUGGACUUGUUAUCUUAUCAUAAGAUUGCAGGUAAUCACACAUUCUAUCUCCCUCUUUCCUUUUAGCUUUGGCGGGGAGGAUUUUCCUGUGGAAGAAAAAUACGCUUAACCAGAUUCAUCUGAGAUUGGGAGGCGCUAUUGUUUCAGUUUCAGUGGUGACAUGACUUUAUUCUUUUAAACCUUUUUCCCCUGGGGUUACAGAUUGAAAUUGUUUGAUGACUUUAUCGUAUAUAUAAAUAGCAAUGAUUUUUUCUUGA